AACAAAAACUAGGGUUUAUAGAUACAUAUACACCGGAAAUAGCAAAAGAUAGACACAUAAAUGGAUUCAUUCUCGUCGCCGUCGAGCUCGUCGCCGUCAUCUCAGAUGUCUACCGAAGACUUCAUGGAUCAGCUUAAAGUUCAACUUGCUCAGGCCUAUGCCGAGGAAUUCCUGGAGACUGUUCGGGGGAAGUGCUUUGACAAAUGUAUCACUAAACCAGGCAGCAGUUUGAGUGGGGGAGAAAGCAGCUGCAUUUCAAGGUGUGUGGAUCGCUAUAUAGAGGCCACUGGAAUCAUUAGCAGAGCCCUUUUUAAUUCACAACGCUAAAACAACGUUUUUUAAAACAUAAGAUUCAUGUUUCUUAGUAGGAAGUGAUUGAUGAUGAUAUGCACUCUGUUUUUUGAUUCAACUAAGUUUUUUAUUUAUGUAUUUGGUCAUAAAGUGCAUGUUGAGGCUUUAACUACACCAUAUUAUGAAUGGAUGAUUUUUCAUAUA